CCGGAAGCUGCGCUCGCUGCCGGGGUAACGGGUCCGGCGGGGACGGCGGCGGCGGCGACGCAGUUAUGGACCUGGAGGAGGCGAAAGAGUUCAAAGAAAGAUGCACUCAGUGUGCUGCUGUCUCUUGGGGUCUUACUGAUGAAGGCAAAUAUUAUUGCACUUCUUGCCACAACGUUACAGAAAGAUCUAAGGAAGUCAUAAACACUGGGGCUAUUCCUAAUACUAAAAUACAAGCCAUCAACCGGGGACUUAAAAGAAAAAGAAAACUCGAGAAAGGCUGGGAUUGGUAUGUGUGUGAAGGUUUUCAGCAGAUACUUUAUCAACAAGCAGAAGCCUUAAAGACCCUUGGAGUCGGCCCAGAAUUAAAGGAUGAAGUUUUGCAUAACUUUUGGAAGCGCUACCUGCAGAAGAGCAAGCAGGCCUAUUGUAAGAACCCGGUUUAUAUCAGGGGAAGGAAAGCUACGGUAUUAGAAGAUAACCCAAGUCAUUCAGACUGGGAUAGUGAGCCUGACGUGCUGAGUGACUUUAGCUGCCCUUCUUUUGUUGAAAGUGGACCAGACUCUCAGCUUGAUAGUCGCACUCAGAAGCCUUUCCCCAUCAGCAAAGCGUCGCAAUCAGAAACAGCAUCCAUCUGUUCUGGAUCUCUCGAUGGAGUUGAAUAUUCGCUACGAAAGGAGAAGGGAAUCGUGAAGAUGACAGUGCCAAGGACACUUGCUUUUUGCUAUCUGUCUUUACUGUGGCAGAGAGAGACAAUUACUCUUUCGGAUCUUUUGAGAUUUGUUGAAGAGGGCCACAUUCCUUAUAUAAAUGCUUUUCAGCAUUUCCCAGAAGAGAUGAAAUUAUAUGGGCGCGACAAAGGAAUUUUUGCUAUAGAGUCUUGGCCUGCCUAUGAGGAUAUCUAUAAAAAAAUGAUUGAAAUCGCCAAAUUCUUAGAUUUGCCACGUUUUCCAGACAUAACUGAAGACUGCUAUCUUCACCCAGAUAUCUUGUGUAUGAAAUACUUGAUGGAAGUCAAUCUCCCUGAUGAAAUGAAUGAUUUAACCUACCAAGUGGUAAAAAUGACUGGGAUAGGAGAAGUGGAUUUUCUGACAUUUGAUCCUAUAGCUAAAAUGGCAAAAACUGUUAAAUACGACAUACAGGCCGUCGCUGUCAUCGUCAUAGUGUUGAAAUUGCUCUUUUUAUUGGAUGACAAUUUAGAAUGGACAUUGUCUAAUAUUGCUGAGAAAUAUAAUGAAAAGAACAAAGAAGAUAAGCCAUGGUUUGAUUUCAGAAAAUGGUACCAAGUUAUGAAGAAAUCUAUUGAUGAGAAAAAACAAAAGUGGGAAGAAGCCAGGGCAAAAUACGUGUGGAAAAGCGAAAAGCCACUCUACCACUCAUCCAUUGACAGAGCAGUGGUAUAUAAAAGAAGAGAAAUGGUGGUGAGUCUACAAAAACAGUUUAGCGCACUGACUGAUUCAGCACCAACUGUUGAAAAAAAAAGUCCUUCAAGUUUUCAGUUCAACUGGACUGAAGGAGACUCUGCAGGAACCUGUUUCCAUGGCCAUAGCCUCCAGGGGAUCCUGAAGAAGAAAGGCCAGUCACUGACAAUCAAGAAUUCACUCUAUUGGCUUAGUACCCAGAAAUUCUGUAGAAGAAAUUCACACCAGAACAGGAGUCUCGCUGAGACAGUCUCCUCCGCCCGGGGCCCCUUGUCCCUCUGCUUGGGCCCUCUCCUCCCACUCCCCGUGUGCCGUCUGCCAAAACGCAAUGGGCCCGUGCCAAGCCCUCUCCACUUCUCCGGGUCUAGCCCCAGAAUUUCUCCGGGUCCAGCCCAGGGAUCUGCGUCUGGUCAAGGUGCUACGUGUUUAGACCCCCCUGCCUCCUCCUUCUCAGCACCGUCUGCACUUUAUCACCUGGCUUCCCACGCACCAUAAUUCUGCUGUCUGUUCCUGCCAUCUGGUCCCCGUCUCCCGGUCCCCAGCUCACUGUGUCCCUCACUGAUCUCGUCCUCCCUGCGUCUGAAAGGGCACAGGGCCCUUCCACAGCGUCAGGGAGAGCUCCUCGGCGCUCAGGGCUCCCCCGCCACCCCCCACCCCUGUGUUUGGCAUCUAGGGGAGCCUACUUCUGCAUGCAUCUUGCCCCAGGCAGGCGGAUGCCUUUGAGAUGGGGCAGGGGGUGGGGGUGCUUUAUCAUGCUCCGUAGAGAACCCGACUUCCCACAGAUCCUCAAGAAAGGGCUCCGAUGCGGGGAUGUACAUGGGGGAGGGUGUGUGAACUGUGAGCAUUGUGAACUGUGUAAGAUGACGAUUCAGGGACCUGGACCCCUGGGGCAAAUAAUAUGUUUUGUGUUAAUAAAAAAAA